GCCAACCAGUCCGUUCGCCUCCCAAGCAGUCAGGCUGGGCCAGGCCGCGCGAACAUGGCGCUUGUCCCCUGCCAGGUACUGCGGGUAGCCAUCCUGCUGUCCUAUUGCUCCAUUCUGUGCAACUACAAGGCCAUCGAAAUGCCCUCGCAUCAGACCUACGGGGGGAGCUGGAAGUUCCUGACCUUCAUAGAUCUGGUUAUCCAGGCUGUCUUCUUCGGCAUCUGUGUGCUGACUGAUCUCUCCAGCCUUCUGACCAGAGGCACCGGGAACCAGGAGCAAGAACGACAGCUCCGCAAGCUCAUCUCUCUCCGGGACUGGACGCUGGCUGUGCUGGCCUUUCCUGUCGGGGUUUUUGUUGUCGCGGUGUUCUGGGUCAUCUAUGCCUAUGACAGAGAGAUGAUCUACCCAAAAUUGCUUGACAACUUUAUCCCAGGGUGGCUGAACCAUGGAAUGCACACGACGGUUUUGCCCUUUAUAUUAAUCGAGAUGAGGACAUCCCACCAUCAAUAUCCCAGCAGGGGCAGCGGACUCGCCGCCAUAUGCACCUUCUCCGUGGGCUAUAUAUUAUGGGUGUGCUGGAUACACCAUGUCACGGGCAUGUGGGUGUACCCUUUCCUGGAACAUAUUGGCUCAGGAGCCAGGAUCAUCUUCUUUGGGUCAACAACCAUCCUAAUGAAUUUCCUGUACCUGCUUGGAGAAGUCCUGAACAGCUACAUCUGGGAUACACAGAGAAGCAUGGAAGAAGAGAAAGGGAAGCCUAAGCUGGAAUGAGAUCCGAGUCUGAGAGGAGAAGCAAGAAGGAGCUGCCCUUGCAAUCCUUGGACCCUGGGCACCAGCAAAGAGGAGACAGAACUUCAAGGGGACCGUGGCAUCAGCCCUGCCUCCCUGACCCUGAGGGAGGACAACUUUUAUAUACAAAUAUGUACAAAAUAGGAUACAUUGCCUUUGAAAAUAACUCACCCUCCUUGUUUUAAAUAUUCUAUCCCAGUUCAUUACUGAUGACAUUUUUCUAGUUUUAAAGCUAAAGUUGGUCAUUAAAUUUUCAUUUCUGCAAUAAUUCCAUUUAAUUAAAAAAAUCAAUUGUGUUUUUUGUUGAGGAGUAUGGAUAAAAUUGGAGGGACAGAUGUGAAUGAGUCAUUCAUAUUUAGCCUUAAAAGAGGCUGGAGUAAUGACUCUAGGAUACAAUAUGGACCCAAGAGGACGCAGGAUAGGUAGUUCCUGUGGUCAUGGUGUCACACUUGCCUCAAAUGAGCAGUGUUAGUAAUAGCAUCAAUUUAGUCAAAACCCUGAGUGUGCUUGGAUCUCCCUGUUUGAUCUGUGAAACACUUCCCAAAAGUUACUAUUAAUAAAGACCAACCAACCCAAACCUGGUGUCUACAUGGUCCAUCUCAAAGC